AUGAUGUUUGCAUCUCUUCCUACAGAGGUUCAAGUGCAAGUCUUGUCACAAGUGCAUUCACCUUGUGACGUUUCACCGCUGUUUGAUUGUUUAGCUCAACACGUAAACAGUAGGAAGCUCGACUAUUACACACAACAACCGCUUUUGGUGUCAGUUUAUUCUUCAAGCUCGAAGGAAUCACACAAGAAGUUGUUUUAUACCGGCUCGGUAUCACGUGACCAAGAUGUGACACAUAUUUCACUCGGUGGUUUGGAUCACAAAGAGUCUUUGCUGCAGAUAAAGAAUUUGAAAGAGACGUCGCAUAACCACGAAAGCCAUAUGGAUAUGGUUCUCUCUGAGGAUCAAUCUUCAGUGAAGCUGUUCAUGACCAUCCAGUUUGGUGGUGAGAUUUUCCUCGAGACAACUUUUAGACUAAGAGAAGGUACAAAGACCUUUGUCAAGAAUGGUGUCUCUAUAACGUUUGACCUUGUAAAGGGUUCUAAAGAGGAAAAAGAAGGCGCAUACGAGUACGACGAGAGCUUCAACUAUGCGCUAAACAUUACAAACGUUGAAGUUAAAGACCAUGAUAUGGUCAACCUGUUCGAGAAGGACUUGGACAGAUGCAUGUUUGUCAGAUGCUAG